AUGUCAAAACCAGUACACAGCAAAAAUAAAAUACUGAGGUCCAACACUGGUUUGAUCAUCAAUCCAUCCAAAGCCUAUCCACGCUCAGAAACAAGAGAUAAACUGACAGGACUUACUAUAUUUCAAGGAGGACUUUUCAGGCAAAGUCAAGCAAUCAAGAACAGGUUUCCAUCCAGGGCCACAGGUACACCAAGACUCGAUGAGCAUAUACUCAUUGUCUUUUGUAUGCUUCUAGUCUCUUCUGUUCAGGUCAAGCAUCAGGGAUUCCAUCAAAGUCUACGGAUUAGUAUCCGUUCCAUCCAGGUCAAGCUUCAAGGCCCAUGUCAAAGUCCACGGUUUCAGGUCAAGUAUCAAGAUUCCAAUCAGAGUCCACGGUUUUCAGUAUUCAUUCCAUCGAGGUCAAGCAUCAAGGUUCAGGUCAAGGUCCACGUUUUUCAGGUCAAGGUCCACGGUUUCAGUAUCCAUUCCAUCCAGGUCAAGCAUCAAGGUUCCGAUCUCCCAGCUAUGGCCAAGUGUCAAGGUUCCGAUUUCCCGGCAAUGGGUAUAGCCAUCGAUGUCAGGCGUCAAGGUUCCGAUCUUCCAGCCAAGUGUUCAGUCAUCCAGGUCAAUCAACAGGAUUCUCAUCUCCCGUCCAUGUGUUCCGUCAAUCAUGCCAAGCGUCCAGGUUCCCAUCUUCCUGCCAUGGUUAUAGAUUGUUCAGUCAUCCAGGUCAAGCAUCUAGGUUCUAAUCGCCAGUCCAUGUCUCCAGCCAUCCAGGUCAAGCAUCAAGGUUCUACUCGCCCAUUCAUGGUGUGUUCAGUUAUCCAGGUCAAGCAUCAAGGACCCUAUCGCCCGCCCAUGUCUCCAGGUAUCCAGGUCAAGCAUCAAGAUUCUGAUCGCCCGUGUAUGUUUUCAGCCAUCCAGGUCAAGCAUCACGGUUCCGAUCGCCCGUCAAUGGUUAUAGCCAUCCGUGUCAAGCAUCAAGGACCUGAUCGCCCGUCCAUGGUUAUAGGUAUAAAAAACAUUAUGGGUAUACACUCACUAGUUUUAUCUAUUUCUAGUGUUCAGUCGUCCAGGUCUAGCAACAAGGUUUUGAUCGCCCGUCCAUGUGUUCAGUCAUCUAGGGCAAGCAUCAAGGGUCUGAUAGCCCGUCUAUUCAUCCAGGUCAAGCAUCAAGGCUUCGAUCGCCAGCCGAUAGUUAUAAGUUAUUCAGCCAUCCAUGUCAAGCGUCAAGGUUCAGAUCGCCCGUCCAUGGUCAUAAUCGUCCAGGUCAAGCAUCAAGGUUCUGGUCUCCCCGCUAUGGUUAUAGUCUCCAGCUAUCCAGGUCAAGCAUCAAGAUUCCGAUCUCCCCGCCAUGGUUCUAGUCUCCGGCCAUCCAGGUCAAGCUUCAAUGUUCCGAUCUCCCGCUUUAUGGUUAUAGGUAUAGCAAAAAUCGAUGAGCAAUCACACUCGGCUUUAUUUAUUUCUAGUGUUGAAUCCACCAAGAUCAUGCUUCACGGAUCCGGAUUCAUGUCUACUCAUCCACGGCAAUUAUCAGGAUCCGAUUUUCAUGAACUGUUAUAG